AUGAGCGCUGCUAUUGUUGUUGGUGGUGGUGGCGAUAGCGAUGAUGAUGACGUUGAUGAUGAUAAAAUUUGUGAUGAUGUUGGUGGUGGUUAUGAUGGUAAUGGCGACAACGUUGGUUUUGGUUCUAUAGAGAGAUUGGUGUUGGGUAAAUGGAAUGGAGAACGGGGAGAGAGAGGAAGGGAAGAAUUGCCAUCAAAAUCUAUUCAUUUCUUUCAGUUUAUUUUUUAA